AUGGGUAUUCUUGAAAAAAUUGCCGAUAUUGAAAAAGAAAUAGCAAGAACACAAAAAAAUAAGGGUACUGAUAUAACAAUCUAUAAUAAUUUAAUUCAUAAAAAGAUUUGUUGUUUUCUAGCAACUGAAUACCAUUUGGGUUUAUUAAAAGCAAAAUUAGCAAAAUUUCGUCAAGCAUUAAUGGAAGGUGAUGCUAAGAGUGGUUCUGGCAAGGGUGAAGGUUUUGAUGUCGUUAAAUCCGGUGAUGCACGUAUAGCUCUUAUUGGUUUUCCAUCAGUCGGAAAAAGUACAUUAUUAAGUACAGUUACACGUACUGAAUCAACUGCUGCUUCAUAUGAAUUUACAACAUUAACGUGUAUUCCUGGUGUAAUCCAAUAUAAUGGUGCUGAGAUUCAAUUACUCGAUUUACCUGGUAUCAUUGAAGGAGCCGCUCAAGGCAAAGGUCGAGGACGUCAAGUUAUUGCUGUAGCUCGUACGGCUGACAUGGUUUUAAUGAUGUUAGACGCAACGAAAGGUGAAAAACAAAGGGAAAUUCUUGAAGAUGAACUUGAAAGUGUUGGUAUUCGAUUAAAUAGUCGUAAACCAGAGAUAUAUUUUAAGCCAAAAAAAACUGGUGGUAUUAAUAUAACAAGUACAGUACCAAUGACAAAAUGUUCAGAAAAAAUGAUUCAAUUAAUACUUCAUGAGUAUAAAAUAUUUAAUGCACAAGUUCUUUUUCGUGAUGAUUACACAAGUGAUGAAUUUAUUGAUGUUGUUGUUGGUCGACGUGUUUAUAUGCCAUGUCUUUAUGUUUUUAAUAAAAUUGAUCAAGUAUCAAUUGAAGAAGUUGAUCGACUUGCUCACUUACCAAAUUCAGUUGUUAUUAGUUGUAAUAUGAAAUUAAACAUUGAUUAUAUGCUUGAAAGUAUAUGGAAAUUAUUAAAUUUAAUACGUAUUUAUACAAAAAAACGUGGUGAAAAACCUGAUUUUGAAGGAGGAUUAAUUAUUCGAAAUGGAACAACUGUUGAACAUGUCUGUCGUAUAGUUCAUCGAACAUUGGUUGAUCAAUUUAAAUAUGCACUUGUUUGGGGUACUUCAGUGAAAUUUUCACCACAACGUGUUGGUCUUUCACAAGUUUUACAGAAUGAAGAUGUCAUUUGUUUAGUGAAGAAAUAA